GCUCACUUGAUCAAAUCCUCGAACGUGAACAGUUUCACUGAAAAGCACUUUUCAAAAAAAAAAAAAAAAGAUCCACCAACAGUAAGGAACAGCAUCCAACUACCGGGGAGAGAGUUUUUUUUUUUUUCCUUUUUUUUUUUCCUUUUUUUAAUUUUUUCCUCUGGUCACCGUCUGAGAAAAGGGGGAAGAGAAAAGGAGAGCGAAGAAAGAAGAGCUUUUUUUUUUUUUUUCCUAAAUAAUAAUUAUUAUAAUUAGCAUCCGGCCCCUAAAAAAAAAAAAGCCCUAACCGCAGCGCCUCGCCCCCCUCCCUCUCCGAGCCCCCCGACUCGCUCCGCCAAGGCAUGGAGAAGGGGACCCGCCGCUCUCCGCCCUGCCACGCCGCCCUGCUCGCCUGGACAUGGCUCUUACUUCUCUCCUGCUCCUUCACCGACGCCGAGCUAACUUGCGGCCCCUGCUCGUCUCCCUCCCGGCCUCGCCUCGGGCUGGAGCAGCGGCAACCACCGGCGCCGGGAUCAGCGGGGAGCCGGGCGCGGGGCUCCGGAGAGCCGGUGCCGGGCGGGGAGCCGGGGGGCAGCGCGGGGGCGGGCGGGGGCCGGGGCCCGGCGGUGCGGAGCCGGCGGGCGGCGGCGGCGGGAGGCGGCCGGGGGCUGCUCGCGGCCGAGGGGCAGCGAGGAGCCAGGGCUCAGCCCCGCGGACCCCCGGAGGAGGGGAGAGCGGCGAGGCUGCGAGGGGCAGAGGAGCUGCGGCUGGGCAGCACCACGUUCGCCCUCACCGGGGACGCGGCGCACAACCAAGCCAUGGUGCACUGGUCCGGCCACAACAGCAGCGUGAUUCUCAUUCUGACAAAGCUCUACGACUUCAACUUGGGCAGUGUUACCGAGAGCUCGCUGUGGAGGUCAACAGACUAUGGCACUACCUAUGAAAAGCUAAAUGACAAAGUAGGCCUGAAGACGGUGCUGAGCUACCUUUAUGUCAGUCCCACUAACAAGAGGAAGAUCAUGCUUCUUAGUGAUCCAGAGAUCGAGAGCAGCGUUCUCAUCAGCUCUGAUGAAGGGGCUACGUACCAGAAGUACCGUCUGAACUUCUACAUCCAGAGUCUGCUCUUCCACCCCAAGCAGGAGGAGUGGAUCUUGGCCUACAGUCUGGAUCAAAAGCUGUACAGCUCCAUGGACUUUGGAAGAAAAUGGCAACUUAUGCAUGAGCGGGUCACUCCAAACAGGUUUUACUGGUCGGUGGCAGGUUUGGAUAAAGAACCAGACCUUGUACACAUGGAAGCCCGGACAGCUGAUGGACACACCCACUAUUUGACCUGUCGGAUCCAGGAGUGCUCAGAGACCAAAAGGACUGGGCCAUUUUCACGCUCCAUUGACAUCAGCUCCCUUGUUGUUCAGGAUGAAUAUAUCUUCAUCCAGGUGACAACUGGUGGAAGAGCAAAUUACUAUGUGUCAUACAGACGGGAGCCUUUUGCGCAGAUUAAAUUGCCCAAAUACUCUCUUCCUAAGGACAUGCAUAUUAUCAGCACAGUUGAGAAUCAGGUGUUUGCAGCUGUUCAAGAGUGGAACCAGAAUGAUACAUAUAACCUGUAUAUCUCAGACACCCGAGGGGUUUACUUCACCCUGGCCUUGGAAAACGUGAAAAGCAGUAGAGGACUGGAAGGGAAUAUCAUCAUCGACCUUUAUGAGGUAGCAGGGAUCAAAGGCAUAUUCCUGGCUAACAAAAAGAUAGAUGACCAAAUCAAGACUUUUAUUACCUACAACAAGGGCAGAGACUGGCAUUUGCUGCAGGCACCAGCCACCAAUCUAAGAGGGGAUCCUGUAGUUUGCCAGCUGCCCUUUUGCUCGUUGCACUUACACCUGCAACUCUCAGAGAAUCCAUAUACUUCAGGAAGCAUUUCCAGCAAGGAGACAGCUCCUGGGCUGCUGGUAGCAACAGGUAAUAUUGGCUCUGAGCUUUCCUACACUGAUAUUGGCAUGUUCAUCUCUUCUGACGGUGGAAAUUCCUGGAGACAGAUCUUCGAGGAGGAAUACAACGUGUGGUUUCUGGACUGGGGAGGGGCAUUAGUGGCCCUGAAACAAACGUCAGUGCCCAUCAGGCACUUGUGGGUGAGUUUUGAUGAGGGAAGAUCUUGGAAUAAAUAUGGUUUCACAUCAACACCACUUUUUGUGGAUGGAUCCCUUGUAGAUUCUGGCAUAGAGACCCAGAUAAUGACAGUUUUUGGACACUUCAGUCUCCGUUCUGAAUGGCAGCUGGUCAAAGUGGACUACAAGUCUAUCUUCAGCCGGAGGUGUAACAAAGAUGACUACCAAACCUGGCAUUUGCACAACCAGGGGGAACCUUGUGUCAUGGGAGAGAGGAAGAUUUAUAAAAAACGCAAGCCUGGAGCCCAGUGUUCCCUAGGUCGGGACUAUUCCCGAACAGUGGUAUCUGAACCGUGUGUCUGUGGUCAAGGAGACUUUGAGUGUGACUAUGGCUAUGAGAGGCACAGCAACAACCAGUGUGUCCCAGCCUUCUGGUUCAGCCCAUCUUCCCUGACCAAGGAUUGCAGUAUUGGUCAAAGCUACUUGAACAGCACUGGGUACCGAAGGAUUGUGUCUAACAACUGCACAGAUGGCUUGCGGGAGAAGUAUAUGGCCAAGGUGGAGAAAUGCCCUGGAAAAGCACCUCGAGGACUGCACAUCCUCACCGCUGAUGGAAAGUUGGUCACAGAGCAGGGGCAGAAUGCCACCUUCAUCAUCCUUAUGGAAGAGGGUGAUCUUCAGAGGACAAACAUUCAACUUGAUUUUGGAGAUGGCAUUGCAGUAUCCUAUGCAAAUUUCAGCCCUGUUGAGGAUGGCAUCCGGCAUGUGUAUAAGAGCGCUGGAAUCUUUCAGGUGACGGCCUAUGCAGAAAACAGCCUGGGCUCUGAUACUGCUGUCCUCUUCCUGCAUGUGGUCUGUCCGGUGGAGCACGUCCAUCUGAGCGUCCCUUUUGUUGCCAUCAGGAAUAAGGAUGUCAACAUCACUGCAGUAGUUUGGCCCAGUCAAGCAGGCACACUUACCUACUUCUGGUGGUUUGGUAACAACACCAAGCCCCUCAUCACCUUGGAAAGCAGCAUCUCCUACGUCUUUGCUGUGGAGGGGAUGAACACUGUCACUGUGCAGGUUGCUGCGGGCAACACCCUCAUCCAAGACACAAAGGAGAUCGCAGUGCACGAAUAUUUCCAAUCUCAACUCCUGUCAUUUUCUCCUAACUUGGACUACCACAACCCUGACAUUCCUGAAUGGAGACAAGACAUUGGCAAAGUCAUCAGAAGAGCUCUAGCACAGGUGACUGGUAUCCCUGAUGAACAGAUCUUGGUAGCUGUAUUUCCUGGGCUGCCUACUUCUGCUGAACUCUUCAUACUGCCCCGUAAAAAUACAACAGAGAUGAGGAAAAGCAGUGAGGCUGAUCUGGAGCAGGUUGUUGAAAUCCUUUUUAAUGCUCUCAACCAAAACCUGGUCCAGUUUGAACUGAAGCCUGGUGUUGAAGUCAUUGUGUAUGUCACUCAGUUAACAUUAGCACCCCUUGUUGAUUCCAGCACGGGUCACAGCAGUUCAGCGAUGCUGAUGUUGUUGUCUGUGGUGUUUGUAGGCUUGGCUGUUUUUUUAAUCUACAAAUUCAAGAGGAAAAUCCCUUGGAUUAAUAUCUAUGCCCAAGUUCAGCAUGACAAGGAGCAAGAAAUGAUUGGCUCUGUCAGCCAAAGUGAAAAUGCCCCCAAAAUCACUCUGAGUGAGUUCACAGACCCCGAGGAGCUGAUGGACAAAGAGCUGGACACGCGAGUGAUGGGAAGCAUCUCAACAAUUGCCAACAGUGAAAGCACAAAGGAAAUCCCCAACUGCACUAGUGUUUAAUACUGAGAGUCCUCUUGGUCUACAACAUUUCUGAAUUUUUAUUUGUAAUUAUUAUUGUUAUAAUUAUUAUUAUUAUGAAAAGAGAGAGUUAUAUGUCAUUAUUAUCAUUUGGGAGGGGAUGGGGUGGGCUUUUUCUGUUUACCAGGGCUGCAUUCAUAAAUAACGAGGGUUUUUCAUAUUUAGGAAAUACUCAUCAGAUUAGGACCAAAAAGCAAAGAAUGAGUGAAGUGUGUACUGGAAUUUGAAUGCCGGACUCCUGUUAAAUACAGAAUGGGAAUUAAGUAUUAAAAUACAAUAGGCAGAUAUUAUACAGAAGGCAAGAUAAAUGUAGGUAAAUGGUCCCUUUUCUGCCCCUUUUGUGAAUCAUGAAUCAGCUACUUCAUCCUGCCAGAAGGCCCAGGCUAAGCUGUGGGACCAGGCUCUGCAGCCUGCCAACAACCUUCACGUUCCAUUGAUGGCACAUGUCACAGCUUUUUGCAGGAUCUCCUUUUUUAAUUGCUUUUAAUUUCAGUCACCCUAUGGCAUUGUUUACUGCUGAGAAGGGGGGAAAAAAUCAGAGCAAACAUACCCAUCAAUGUUCCUUGGAUUGUGGAUUGGCUGGAAGGGACAGCACCGCAAGCAAUGAAGAAGCAUGCUUGAGUUUAUGAAUGCAGCCCGAACCCCGUGCAUGUGAAUAGCGAGGAUGCCGAAGGCCUAUUGUAGAUAAUUACAAUGUACAUAGCUUUUUAUUUCUUGGGAAAUAAUUUAAUGUUUAGUAAAAGAAGAUAUGUUUAAAACAAAACCUGAACCACACACACACAUGCACGCACACACACACGCCAGCCAAACGGGGACCGUGGUGAGCACUUGAAUCACGCUUUGGUUCCAAUUGUGUUCCAGUUGUCUGUCGUAUUUCAAUCUUUCACUGCUGUGUGUAAACAGCACGGUUUAUUUCUCUGUGUAUAACUGCAAGCCUUUUUUUUUUUUUUUUAAUUUUAUUAUUUUUUUAAUGUGUAUUACCAUUUCCUGUGAAGGAGCAGAAAAAGAUUUUAUCUGGAUGGACUAUGAGUCUGGCAUGAAUAUUUUAGUGCUGUUCAUCAUUAUUCACCUCCAUUGCUGUUGUCCACUCUUGAGAAGGAUCUUGGUGAUAUCAGGAAAAUAAGGAAAACAAACAGAAAAUCAUCACAAUCUCAAUGAGCACAAAUACCAGUGUGCUUAACCAGUACAGCCUCAGCUCGGCAGUGGGCCAGGUUGCAUUAGCUUCUUUCCCAGUGAUACGCCAUGCAUUUACCAGUUAAGCUGGUGAAGCAAAGUGCUGUUCAGGAUGCAUAGGAGUGUUAGAUUUCAGUUGAACAUGAUGCAUGUGAUUAAGGACUGCUCUUUGGAGAAGGGGAUGCUUAGUCAGACCUAAAUAACUGAGCUAGGAAAGGUCUUGUGUGUGCUUUAGGAUGGCUGUUUCCAGUUCUGGACAGCAAUGCUAUUGGAGUAAUUUCUGAAUGUUGGGUUUGUAAUUUUUGAUCAGAACAGGGAAGUUAAUGAAAAAAAAAGAAGUGAAAAAACUCCUUAGGAAUCUUCCAGCACACCGAGUUGAGGGUAGCCUCUAGGAGUGGGCAGGAGGUAGACUUAGCAGAGAGUUGUCCUGAGCUGAUGAUGCUAAAUGUGGACCUUAUUCUGCAGGGUGUUUUGUUAUAAGACCUGCUGGGAGUGGAAGGAAGAUUAGAAGCAUGUCUGGGAGAUGUUCUAGUGCUUGCAUGGUAACAGCAGACAGAAGUUAGGUCAGGUGACAAUCUGGAUAGAGGAUUCUACCUUUAAUAUAUCUGGGCUGAAAUGAGAAGAUGGAUGAGACUGAGGCAUUAACUUGUACCUCUCUGUAUCACAACAUGCUGGCUGCACACCAGCCUCAGCUACAUGUGUUCACUCUGUGAAUAGGCUGGAAGGUCUUUCAAAGGUUAGAAUCCUGAUGUGCCCUGAAAGGGGAGAAAAACAGUGGCUAAGCAUAGUUUUGCAGAAAAACACAGAAGGUAUUUCAAUGCUAAAAUAGCAAAACCAAAAAUGUAGGGAAAUAUUGUUUUGUGUGAAGAAUUAAAACUAAAUAUUCUCAGUUCUGCUCCUCCAUUUCAGUAAGGCUUGUGGGCCUUUUCUCUUGGUUUAAAGAAAAUUCUGCUCCCUCCCUCACUUUUCUGCUCUAGUUCCUAAUAUAAGCUGAAGAGUGAUGGCUGUGUUUUUCUCUUUAAACUUGAGUUUCCAUCCAUCAUGUGUACAUAAACUGUUGUGUUACUGUCACUGUUCUUCUGAAACACCAAAGUAGUUUACAGUAAUGGCCCACUCUGGUGAUAACACUGUUAGUGCAAGGCCAUAGCUUCCCAUUUAGGCAUAGAUGGGAGGGAUGUACAUAAGCAAUGGUCCUGUGGGCCUUGAGCUAAAUUGUGGGCUGAUCUCAGUCUUUGCUGAUCGUUAGAAUUUGAGGGACUGCUUUUGUGAGCUGCUGCAGAGGGCUGGAUGAGAAAUAUUCAUUAUUUCCCGUAUUAGCUUUUUUAUUUUCUAAACCAGGAAACAAAGUGAAAAUGUUCACUGCUUCAAAUUUAUUUUAUUUUAUUUUAUUUUAUUUUUCCCCCCACAGGAGUGAUCUUAUGUUGAUUUAUAAAGAAAGAAAUGUGAUUACAGUUUUUACAAUUUAUCAGUUUCUCCCUUUACACUCUUAAAUAUGCUAAAAUAACUCAUAAAGGAUGGGAGGAAGCAAGGAGGAAAAAAAUGGGAGUAAGCUACUGGAAAAAAUAAAAAUAAGAAAUGGAAACAUUUUCAUCCCUCCUCCCCAAAUUUAAUAUCAAUGAAGUCUGAGAAGUUUGGAGAAACAUCAGUCCAGAAAGCCAUUUCCAAUCUAAGAUUAUUCUAAAGGUACUCAAAAGCAAGCAAAAAACAUGGACCCAAAAUUCAAUAUCAAAAAUCUUGCCUGGUUCUUGAGUUGACUCAAACUUCACCUUUCAUGAUGCUUUCUGGGUAUCAGCACCUGUCAGGGGAGUUCAUCACACUGCUGUUUGGACCUGAGUGUGCUCCAUGAAUGUCUGGAAAGAACAGGGGACCAUGUUUGCCAGAUUAUACCCCCUGCAUUAGGGCAAACCAUGGCUGACGGCAGCUGGAAAAACCUUGUGAUAGUCAUUGAAAGCUGAUUCUUUAGGAUGUUAGAAGGGUAACUACUGUGCCUGCAGGUAGCUGAGCCUGCAGCUAUACAAGGGACUUCUGUAAGGUUUGGGUUAGGCAGCCAGUGCUGGCCACCUUUUACUUGGAAAGUACUGACCUGGGGCAUUGGCACAGGCUGGAGAAUUGUACACUUUUAUUUGUACACUGAAUGAUGGGGAACAGCAGCCUGGGGAUGGCAUUUUUUUUUCAUUUUUUUCCUCCCUGCAAGUUUUACCCCUGAGAAAAUGUAACGGAAGUCCAUUGAAGCUGUAGAUGAUUAUUUACCUGAGGGAGGAAGGAAAAAGGCAGUAUGAUAAGUAGAACAUAAAUAGCUCCCACAAUCAAGUUGUGUAUAAAGAGGAAAAGAAAGAGAGCAAGAGACUGGGUCAGUGGCCUCUAUCACUGCCAGCCUUUCCCCCAUGAUAGAUUCUGCUGUGUAUUGACUGUAACAUAGGAAUAAUGCAUGAGACCAGGAGACUAGCUGCAGCUUAGGACUGUAUGUCUGUAAAUCUGUUAGAAGCACCCAACAGAUCCCCUACUUGGUUUAACCUGUGCUUGAGAACCCAACGCUAAGCCUGGCAGGACUGGAAAUGAGGCUAGAGAGACUGGGGACUGCAGAGUUUUUCAGUGAGAGUUGCUAUCGAUGAGAGCACGCACAGGAGAACAUGCGUUUUCUUCUGGACUAAGCCUUGGCGUAAGGGAUGCGCAAAGAUGUCCUGUUCUCCUCCCUUUUCCUUCAGUCAGUUCUUACACAGAUUCUAGCCUGUGCUGGUCUGAAAAAGCAAACCAGAAUUCUCAUAUCCCUUCUGAUGAUGUUGGACAGUGCAUUAAACCCAAACCACCACCAUGGUUUUAAAGGAUUAAAUGAGGCAGACAAUUGCAAUACUUGUAUUAAACACAGUAAUACAAAUGCAUGAGUCAUAUAUAUACAUAUAUAUAUAUACUGUUCUUGGUUUUAUUGUUCCAUUUGAAUAUUUCUACUGUAAAAAAGGCAGUGGUUUUGAAAUUGUUGAAAAUAAAUGUAUUUUUGUACAUCAGAGUUA